CCGAAAACAGAUUUGCCGGUAUGGAAGACAAUUCUACUUUUGCUGAAGCAACUUUAAUUGAUCCACGUUUUAAAAAAAAAGGAUUUAGUAGCGAGACAUAUUAUAUCCGUACUUAUCAAAACGUCGUGCGCAAGAUUUCAAGUAUAAUUAAACGCAAAAGACAAUCUAUUAAUCAAGAAGAAAAUAUAGUUACAGAUAACGAACAAAUCACUAUGUCAACUGAAAAAAAAGAAACCUUUGAGAUAUGGAAAGAAUUUGAUUCACAGGUAAAAGAAGUUACAACAGUGAGAACUGACACUUCCGAUGCAAUUGUGGAAUUAGAUAAAUUUCUUAAUGAGCCUUUAAUCCCAAGGAAAUCAGAUCCUCUUGUAUGGUGGAAGGAAAUGAAACGUAUAUAUCCAAAUAUAUACCAUUUGAUGUUACAAAGAUUGGGAGUGCCAUCAACAUCAGUUCCAUGCGAACGAACGUUUUCUAAAGCCGGAUACACACAAACAGACAGGCGUAAUAGACUUUCCAUAAAAAAUAUGGAAACAUUAAUGUUUUUAAAUGGCAAUCUAUAAUACAUAUUUCAGGUAACUU